GCGGCUGGCGGCGGGGGCGCCGGGCGCCGACCCCGUAGGCUCGUUGCUCGCCUGCUUCGGCCGGCUCUUCUGCAAAGGCUUCGAGCCGCACGUGGAGGCGCUUUAUCCGCCGACCCAGUUCCCUGUGCAGAGAGGAACCCCGAUGAUUUCCCCGCUGCUGCGCUGGAACCACGACAAGGACUGGCCCGUGGAAUACACUACGCAGCUGACACGCAAUAGAGUUCGCGAUUUCGUCAUUGACGACGCCGAUUGGGCGUUCUUUUACGACCACCUCAUAGACGACCGCCCUAUCAUUCCAGCCGUCGGAUACAUGUACAUGGCGUGGAUGACGUUCGCUGAAUCGAUGGGCCAGAUUUGUUCCGACACGCCCGUGCUCUUCGAAAAGGUCAAGCUUCUUCGCGCCACCCAUCUCCCCAAGAAGGGCAACUCUGUGACGCUGCGCGUGUCGGUGAACCUUCGCGGGGAGUUCGAGGUGUCGGAGCGCAGCACGGCCGUGGUGGAAGGCCGCAUACGGCUUUUGACGGCCAUGGAGCGCGCCAGGGUGGCCAAGUGCACCCGGGGGUUGCGGGCGCCCACUCCCGCAUCUCCCUCCGCCUCUGGCUCCGUUCCGGCAGAGCUGCUCCUGACGGAACGCGAGGUGGAUAAGGUGCUGCGCCUUCGCGGCUACCACCAGAGGGGCCUCUUCCGCACCAUCUCGGACGUCGCGACAGACGGAUUGCGUGGACACGUACGCUGGGACGACAACUGGAUAACGUUCCUGGACAAUUUGGUGCAGUAUUCUCUUCUGCAAUUUAACGAAACCUAUUUAGAAGCACCCACUGUACUCGUAAACAUAGCCAUCGACCCCAUACUUCACAAGACUUUGUUGGACGAGGGCAACGGCGAAAAUGUGUUCGUGGUGGAGACCCACAGGGAGGCGGGGUCGCUGUACUGCGGCGGCGUGGAGCUCGUGAGGGGGCGCUCCAACAUCAUCGCCCGCCGGCCCCCCGCGGGCAAGCUCGUGCUGGAGCGCUACGCCUUCGAGGCGGACGGCCCGGUGGAGGAGGGGGAGGAGGGGGAGGAGGUGAGCGAGGCCCUCGCCGUGCGCCUGGGCGCGCAGCUGGCGCUGGAGAACCGGCCUCCGCCGUCCCGCGGCGCGCAGCCCCUGCCCUCGAGCGUGAAGCUGGUGCUGGGCCCGGGCGCGGUUGUGCCACCGGACAGCGACGCGGAGACCUGGCCGCAGCUAGACGGGCCGGGCUUCCUGGCCGAGCGCAACUGCGCGUUCGUGGUAGGGCGCGACCUGCUGGCGGCGCAGAGCCCCUGGUCGUCGGAGGCGCUGGCGCAGGCGCUGGCGCCGGGCGGCUGCGUGCUCAGCGUGGAGCGGGCUACGCCUGCCGCCCUCGACGAGACCCUGCGCCACGGCCUGCGCCUGGUGUUCAGCCGCCGCCUCGCCGACGGCCACUUCGUCGUGUUGCGG